UCGACUCCUACUCGUUGCCAGCCAUAGUCCAUGGAUCUCUGCUUACCCGAAAAACACAAAAUUCACAUGAACGAAAACAAAAAGAAAAAACAAUAGCAACGUCGAAAUGGAGGGAGGAGAAGGUGCUACGGCCCAGCAGGCAGACACGGAGAUGGCAGAGGCGCCGUUGGACCCUCAGCAGCCACCGGCGACUGCUCAGACGGCUGGGAUCGAUAACAUCCCGGCUACGUUGAGCCAUGGGGGAUAAUUUACUCAGUACAACACAUUUGAGAACAUAUUUGAAGUGACGGUGAAGUAUAAGCCACCUAUUCUGCCCAUAGGGAAGGGCGCAUACGACAUCGUUUGGUACUCUCGCACUGACUCACUUGUCUCAGUCCGUCUCAGUGUUGUUAAAGAGUCUUUUUUUAGCACCUGGGUUUUUUUUGUUCCGAUGUGUUUUGAUUUAUGAAUGUGAGUUUUAUGUGGAUUUUGAUGGUUUGUGAAGGUUGUGUUGUGGGGUUUUUAUUAUGUAGCGAAAUUUUAUAUUUUUAUGUUGGUGGGUGUAGAUUUUUUAUUAAGGUAUUUGGAGCUGUUACAUGUUGAAGAUAAGUUAAAUGUGUGGCUAUUUUCUUCAAUAUAAGCUAAGAAGAAGAAAGAGAAUAUUUUAAAAGGAAUUUGUAGCCAUUUCUUUGAAGAGAAAUGAGCAAUAUGAAGAUUGAAUUUGUAGAGUGGGUAAAGGGGUGCUGCUAGUUGGAAUUGCAAAUCUUUCGGUGAAAGUUAGGCUGUUUUAAGUGAGUGAGUGUGCUUGUAGUUCUGUUUGUGGAAGGCAUGUUUUCUAGUUCUUUAUGGAUUUGAGUUUUAUAUGUAAUGAGGUUGUUUGGAGUGUUUCCUUUUCUUUUUUCUUUUUGUUGGGAAAUGUAUUGAGUAAUUUCUAUUGGCUGUUUAUUAGUUCAGCGUUGAAUUCAGAGACAAAUGAGCAUGUAGCAAUAAAGAAGAUAGCAAGUGCAUUUGAUAAUAGAUUGAUGCAAAGAUGACUCUUCAUGAGAUCAAGUUGCUUCGACACAUAGAUCAUGAAAAUGUCAUUGAGUGAUAGUUGCUGAUUUCUUUUUCUUUUUUUUUUUGGGGGGGGCGGGGUGUGGUGUGGUUUCAGUCAUAAGAAGCAACAUAUUGGAUGAACGAUGUUUUUAUUUUAUUUUUCUGUUAUGGAGUCAAAUGCCAGUGGACUUGUUUUUGUUUCAACAUUACAAUAUUGUAAAGCUUGUGUAGUUGAGUUGGUUAGUUGUUUCAUAGGUCUCAUGGACAUGUGCUUAUAUUUUUAUCUGCCCAAGAUGUGAAAUUGAUAAUAUUUGUGGUUAAUUUUUUUUUUUAUAAAAAAUAAAACGAUAGUAUUUGCAUGGUCAUAUGUACAUAUAGCUAAUUGUAUAGGAAUUUGGUGAACUUCUGUAAGCCAUCAAUUUGAGAAAAGUAUUUAACUGAUUGGAUUUUGUUGGUAAGUGGUUAUGGAGAUCUGUUCUUGAGAGAGAGCAUUUUAGGAACUAUGUGUUUAAAAAUAUAGUGUAGGCAGAAGAGAUUGGACUUAUAGUUUUGUUAGAAGCACUCAAGGGUUAGUUUAUGGAGUGGAAUUACCGGUGGGUAGGAGGCUUUUGUAGAUGGGAUAUCUUUUAUUAUGAAACAUGGGAGAAUGUUGAUUUGCCAUGUUAUCUUUUGAGAAGAGAAGUCUUUGACUUCUAAUUUUGCAUAUUUGUGACAUUGUUGAUGGUUGUUCAAGCUUCCUAGUUGUUAUAUUUAUGUUUUGUUUAAAUAUUGAAAAUUAAAAAAAAAGUUAGGUCUAAUGGCAUUAUUUCAAAAAAGACCUCAAAGUUAUAAUUUUUUUAAGCUCCACCUUGUUUCACUCCUCACAUACUUGACCCUUUGUCUCUGGUAGCUGGAGGCUGCACUGUAGUCAAAAGGUUGUUAUCAAUUCAGAGUUCGAAACCCAACUGCAGUUAAAAAAAAAAUCAUCAGAAACAGAAGAAAAAAUAGAAAUUUCAAAAACACUCAAAACAUUUUUGAUUUCUAAAACGAAAAUGAUUGCAAAAUGCUCUUUUCAAUCUCCUGACACCCCUUUCUUAAAGAGUCUUGAUGGGCUUCGCCACCUUGCAGAAACGCACCAUUUCAAGGCGUGGUUCUUGGAUCAAUUUGGGGUCUUUCAUGAUGGAAAACAACCUUAUCCUGGUGCAAUUUCUGCAUGUAUGCAUUCAUAUGGGCUCGGCCUUCAAGUCGUAGAGAAUGUGGAAGGAGCUGAUUUUAUUCGGGCCAUGGUACUGAAGCAUUGGGGGUUCCCUUUUGGAGAGGCACAUCUUGCUAGUCUUGAGGAUUUCAAAAAAAUAUUGGAGCUUUGUGCAGCUAAGAAAAUUCCAAUGAUUGUAGCCAAUCCAGAUUAUGUGAUUGUUGAGCCUAGGGCUCAGCGUGUUAUGCCUGGUACUUUGGCAUCAAAAUAUGAAAAGCCUGGAGGUGAAUUGACAUGGAUGGACAAACUUGAUAAGAUAAUAUAUAAAUCAGUGAUGAACAUGGUUGGUGUUGCUGCUAGCAACUCCAUUGCUGUGGGUGAUUCCCUUCACCAUGACAUUAAGGGAGCCAAUGCAGCUGGAAUCCAGUCAGUAUUUACCAUUGGAGGAAUCCAUGCAAAUGAACUUGGACUCAGCAUGGGUGCCAUUUCCUACAUGUCUGCCAUAUGAGGAAGAUUUAUAAAAGUUGGUUAGCGUGUCUGCCAACAUCUUAUUGACAUGCUGAUAAAUGGCUUUUAAUGUAAGAAAGAAGCAAUUAAGAACCCACACCAAUAAAUUAUUUCUUGAUACGCUGUCUUUAA